CAUGCUUAACUUUCCUAAUUGUGUUGGCUAAGUAAUAUCCAUAUAUGGCUCCACACAUCUCCUUGUUAGUACACCUGAUACCUCAUAAAACCCUUUCUUUUCUUUCCUUCUCUUCUUAAACCCCUUCUCCUUUCAUAUACAUUGUUCUAAUUUUCAGGAAUUUGAAGAAAAGUUGGAGCCAUGGAGGGUGGGAAGAUUAUUGCGAACGAUCGAGAACAAGAACAGGAACAAGAACGACGAUGGGGUUUCGUCGUAAAAGACGAAACUUUUUCGAGCAAUCAAUUUCAAUGGCCUGCAAAGAAUUAUUCUUGUAAUUUUUGCAAGAGGGAAUUCAAGUCAGCUCAAGCUCUUGGUGGACAUAUGAAUGUUCAUAGAAGGGAUAGGGCAAGAAUGAGGCUUUUGCCUUCUUGGAUGGCGGAUAAUUCUUACCCUAACCCUAAUUCUUGCUUCACUUUCAAAUUGAAUACCAACAACUCUUUGUGUUCCAAUACUCAAGAAGAGAAGAAAGGUUUUGGGAGUUGUUCAUGGAACAAUUACAAGCCCUCAUUCAGCUCUCAAGAUGAUCAUGAUGAUGUUCUUCAUGUUUUGAAGAAGAAAAAGAAGAAAAAUUUAGUGAAUUUAGAGCUCAAAAUGGGGAAUUUGGAAGAUGAUUCUUCAAAUGAAGAUCUUGAUUUGGAGCUUCAUCUUUGAUUUGUGUUUCUAUCUAUAAACCCUUUUCUUUUGUUUAUGAGUGUUUGAUUUAAUUUUAUGGGAACUUCCACUGUUAUUCAGCUGUCACCUGUGUUUUAUUUUGACUCUAAAAUGGAAAAUAUUGUGAAGUGUUUUCACUUUCAUUUCCUCUCCUUGUUUCUCAUAAAAUAAACAAAGGGUUUCUUU